AUGCCAUUCGUCACAGUCCAAGGUGCAAACCUGCAUUACGAGACCUUUGGCACAGGACCGCCUCUCCUCUUCAUCACUGGCGCUCGCGGUAAUGGCUCAGCCUGGCAUCGAGCAGCCCAAUAUCUUUCAGUCCACUACACCACAAUUUGCUACGACCGCCGCAAUCACUCGGCCAGCACCAUCACCGGACCCCAAGAUUACGACCACCGUCUAGACACGGAUGCUGAAGAUGCCGCCCACCUCAUCAAACACCUGAGUCCCUCUGGCACAGCAAGCGUGGUGGGAAACUCUUCUGGUGCCAUUGUAGCUUUGAGACUGUUGCUCAAUCACCCUGAUUGCGUGGAUAUGCUUGUAGCCCACGAGCCCCCUGCUUUUGGCGCUUUGCCCGCCGACUUCAGAGCCAUGGGAGAAGCAGCAGUCAACCACGUCUACGCACAAUACAGGAAGUCCGGCCCCAUGGCCGCAAUGGAAGAAUUUACCGCCAGUCUCGGUACAGGGAGUGAGGGUGCACUCAUGCGUAAAGUCAUGCAUCCUGCAACCUCGCUGGAGAUGCGUGCAAACUGCCUUUUCUGGUUUGAGUUUGAGCUUCGCCAAUAUCCUUGUUCGGACGUUGAUGUUGUUGGUCUUGUCAAGCUUAGGGGAAAAUUUGUUCCUGCUGCUGGAACUGACUCGGGCGAUGGGGUUGGCGUUGCACCUAUUAGUUCCAUUGCGGCGGCUGCAGAGAGGGAUGUCUUGAGGCUUCCUGGUGGUCAUGUGGGCUUUAUGGCGCAGCCUGAGGCAUGGGUCAAUGCGCUGGUUAAUGGUAUCAAAGCAUACUGA